CCAGCCUGUUCACGACUGCUGUAGUCAAUUCAAGUCAUUAACUCAACUAUAUAUUGUUGCUAAAUUGAUCUUUGGUUAAAUCACAAAAGAUCCACCCAGUAAGAAAUUAAUAUAGUACCAUGGCACUGAAGGGUCACAAUUCCAUACAAAAAAAAUGAGACUUCUAUUCAAAAAAUUUAGACUGUUUGAAAAAACAAAAACUUCUAUACAAAUAAUUGAAGUAACUAUUAUUGAAAAAAAUGCAAACUUCUAUUCAUAAUAAUAAAAACUUUCAUUAAAAAAUUCAAAAAACUUCUAUAAAAAACUUUGGAACUUCUAUAACUUUUUUUGAAAGGUUCUAUCGGCUACCGUAAAAUUAAUGAUACUAAAUUAUAAACAAACAUGGACGCCGUGCUUGAGCAAAUUGUACGCUACGCAGACAGGUAGAAUUGUACAUAAUGAAUACUUCAAAGUCAACAGCAAGUAGUUAUGGUAAUGCAAACAACCCCUAUGACGGUUCUUCAAGUUCUUCGAGCACUAAUAGUGCUAACAAAAAACGGAAAACAGAAACUCGUCUUGGCAAUUUAUUGUCAAGAGUUCGUCAAAAGGCCUCAUCAUCCUCUUUGAAAAGUUACACACCUCGAAAGAUCAAAAAAGUACAAGUGAAAUGGGAGCGAUAUAAUCCAUCGAGAGAAGGAUACGAAAUAGUAAAACAGAAAGAUGGGGGUGGAUAUCGAUUCAUCAAGGUGGAAGUUGGAACACCAUUGAAUUUUGAAGAGCUUAAAUACAAAGCUUUGAAGUUGUAUUUUGACCAAAAUGACUGUAAUAGUUACAUGGAGGCAGAAUCAGAGUGCAUGAAGUCGUUAUGUGGUCCAAAUGGGGAAACAUUAGAUGAAGAUGAAGACCUUUGGGCAUACAUUGAAAGGAAAGGUCUAUUUUUAUCGAAGUGUUGGUUUGUUUUAUCAACUAAAUCUGUAGCAUAUGACCAUGAUAACGAGUAUGAAGAAGCUGGUCAGGAAACUUUUAAUAAACAAAAUGAUUACGUUGAAACUUUCACUGAGAACUUUUGCCAUGCAAUAACAGAACCAAAGGAAAUUAGCAGAUAGCAACUUGAACUUGUUUGGCAAUUUGUUUGAACCUUCUUGUGUUGAUGAUGACUUAACUUUCAAAUGAAAACGAAGAAGAAAGGCCAUCUUUAAAUCAAUUGAGAGAAAGAAGGAUUCAAACUUUAGCUGGAGCG